CCUUACUAUGGGAAAUAACCAGUGCUGUGGAAUAGCCAAAAAAGAAAAUGAAUCAAACCAAUCAAACAAGAAGCUUCACUCUGAAUGCUUUGAUCAGGUGUUUGAUACAAAUCCUACAGAGAGAGUUCCGAUUUUAUCGUUCUCAGAUUCCUUAAAAUACUGAGAAGGACAUUUUGAUGAUGACGACCAUCACUUAAAUUUCUAUGAUUCAAAUAAACAAACUCAUGAAUCAAACGGGUUUGAAAAUAUCAUCGUUACACCAGCUACUCCUAGCAAAUAAAAUUCAGCUAAUUAGGGAUUCUGAGAAAUAUUUCGGAAGUAUAAAGACUUCAUCAAGCAAGGGAAGUCUUAGGCAUAAAACUAAAGGUUUCAAAAGAAAAAACACUACAAGUCGCUUGGUACUAGAUAAAGAUAAGAGAAUCAUUAUCUCUCCUUCAUAUACUUCUCAAAUUAAACCCUGGAGAGUAGAAAGAUUACGUUCAUCUUACCACCCAAAAGGAAGAUUUGCUCGCCCAGCCCUUAGACCUCAAAAGUCAAUUUCAGGCCCAAAAAACUACCAGCCCUUACUUUCCUUACCCAAAGACACCCCUAGCUCCUCCGAUCAAGCCUCUAUCUCUUCCCCGAGCAUAUGAGGCACUAAUUUACACCACUAAGGAACAUGUUUAACCUAACUUUUCUUAACAAAA